AUGCUUCGGCCAUGGCCCAGCGGCGCUGUCCGCGUCCUUUGCCGGGUUAAUCGGCCAUUUUUGGCUCGAUCCCAGGUUAACGCCGCUCGUUUCCCUUCGACUCGCAGUCUCCAAUCCGCCGCUUCGACAGACCGCGUCCCGCUCCGCAAGCAGCUCAAGCAAGAGGCUAAAGCUCUCAAGGCACAGAAGAAGCUGCGUAAAGAGUCCGAGGAGGCCUCUAGGCAAGAAUGGGAAUUAACCGUGGGCGUUGAGAUCCAUGCACAACUGGAUACCGAAGCAAAAUUGUUCUCUCGUGCCCCGACAUCUACGAGUGAGACUCCCAAUUCCAAUGUCGCCUUGUUCGACCUUGCCUUCCCUGGCAGUCAGCCGGAAUUCCAAGCUGCCACCCUCCUCCCAGCCCUCCGCGCCGCUAUCGCCUUGAACUGUCAGAUUCAGCCCGUCAGCCGGUUCGAUCGCAAACACUAUUUCUAUCAAGACCAGCCGGCUGGUUAUCAAAUCACACAAUAUUAUGAGCCCUUCGCACGGAAUGGAUACGUCGACCUAUAUGACUACGAUGGCAUUGCUCCGGAGGAUGGUGAUCGGGUCCGCGUAGACAUCAAACAGGUCCAGCUAGAGCAGGAUACCGCCAAAUCCCAGGAAUACCCGCCGGCUACACAGCUGCUCGACUUCAACCGCGUCUCCCAUCCUCUGAUCGAGAUUAUUACCAUGCCGCAAAUCCAUACCCCUGCGACCGCUGCCGCCUGCGUCCGAAAACUCCAAGCGAUUUUACAAGCAUGUGGUGCCGUGACAACGGGAAUGGAACUGGGUGGACUACGGGCCGAUGUCAAUGUCUCGAUCCGUCGUCGAGGGGAGGCUCCAGGACAGCAUAAAUACGAUGGGAUUAGUGGACUGGGUCAGCGCACGGAAAUUAAGAAUCUGAGCAGUUUCAAGGCAGUGGAAGAUGCCAUUGUCGCGGAGAAGAAUCGCCAGAUUGCGGUUCUGGAGAGCGGCGGUGUGAUCGAAGGUGAGACCCGUGGAUGGACUAUUGGCAGCACCGAGACACGCAGGUUGCGAGGCAAAGAGGGAGCGGUCGACUACCGCUACAUGCCAGACCCAGAUAUUCCUCCGUUGGUCAUCGGGGAGGAUCUGAUUUCGAGUCUGUCAGAAUCGUUGCCGACCUCCCCAGAUUCGCUGGUGGCACACCUGAUCGGUCCUGAAUACGGUCUUUCAAUCGAAGACGCGAAGCCGUUGAUUGAGCUAGAUGAUGGGGCUCGACUGGAGUAUUACCAGGAUGUGGUGGACAUCCUCCGCUCUCUUCACCCCGACCAGGAUCCCCAGACCCACGCGGCUGUCACGCGAAUGGCGGGUAAUUGGGUUCUCCACGAACUCGGCGGUCUGUUGACCAAAGCGGACCGGGCCUGGGACAACGAGAUCGUGCCGGCCCGGGCACUGGCGGACCUCGUUGACCAUCUGCAACAGAAGCGCAUCACGGGAUCUAUUGCGAAGCAAGUCCUGGCAGCGGUAUUUGACGGUGAUCGGCGACCGGUACCUCAACUGCUGGAGGAAGAUAAUCUUCUGCUCCGGCCGCUGUCCCGCGAGGAGUACGUAGCGCUGGCCGAGACUGUCCUCGCGCAAAGACCAGAGAUGGUUGAGCAGAUCCGCAGCAAGAACCAGCUGGGGAAAAUGGGCUGGUUCUUGGGCCAGAUGAUGCGCUUGGGGGAGAAGGGCCGCGUUGAGGCCCCCAAGGCCCAGGAGAUUCUCCACGAGCUCAUCCUGGGGAAACAGUAG